GUUUCGCCGACCGCUCGCCGGCGCCGCCGCCGCCGCCAUGUACAACGGCAUCGGGCUGCAGACCGCGCGCGGGUCCGGCACGAAUGGCUACGUCCAGACCAACAAGUUCUUCAUCCGGCCGCGGACCGGCGGCCCCCCCAAGGCGCCGUUCCCCAGCUACGACGACGCCCCCGGCGCCGGCGCCGGCUCCGGGGGCCUCGGCGGGAUGCGGAAGCCCAACAAGGAGAUCCUCGAGCACGACCGGAAGCGGCAGGUGGAGCUGCGGCUGGUCUUGCUGAGGGACACCCUCGAGGAGCAGGGCUACACGGAGGGCGAGAUCGAGGAGCGCGUUGAGGAGGCGCGCAAGGAGGCCGAGAUCGAGGCUGCUGCCGCUGCCGUCGUCGCGGAGGCCGGAGGCAAGGCACCUGCAGGACGUCCAGGCGAAGGGUUUACGGGCACACAGAGCCACCAUGUCGCUGCACGGAAGGAGAAGCAACUUGAGACAAUGAGGGCUGCUCUUAGGCUGGAUGUUGGACAGAAGAAGAAAGAUGAUGUGGACAGUGAUCCGGAGUCUGGGGAGCUUGUACCUGGAAAGGAAUAUGAUGGAUUGGAUAUUGAUGCUCACAACGAUAGUAAGGCUUUAAAGGAUGGUAAAAAGCAUGCAAAGAAGGGGAAGAAGGGAAGAGGGAAUGAUAGAAAGGGUCACAGCAGAAGUUCUAGGAAGAGUAAGCAUGGGUAUGAAUCAGAAGAUGAUUCUGAGACUGACCAUGAUGAGAAAAACGGAAAUAAACACGUGAAGAAAUCCUUCUUAGAUAGAGAUGUUGAUGACUAUGUUCAUAAGAACACAAAACAUGGAAAAGACACUCGUCCUAUUUCUGAGGCUGAUUCAGAAAGUGAUCACGGCAAGAAGACAAAACAGGCGAAACACAGUCGUGAUGAGGGAAAGAAGGUGCCUGUGAAGAGCUCUCGCCAUGACGCCAAGGAUGAGAAAUCCAGAAGAAGCAAGUACAAGGAUGAUUCGUACAGUGACUCGGAGAGUGAUGUGUCGUACAGUGAUUCAGAGAGUGAUUAUGAUCAGAAAAGGAAAAAAUCCGCUCAACACAAUUCUAAAGAUGAUAAACAAGCACCAAAAGCUAAAGAGAAGGAAUCCAAUUUUGAAAAAAAUGUUGAUAAGCGCAAGAGGCAUGAUUCUGAUUCAGAUGGUUAUGCUCAUGAGAGGAAAGUACACCUUGAUGCAGCGGUUGUUAGGAAGGACCAUUCACAUGAAAAAUCUAAGAGCGACCUGAAGGGUGAUGAAUAUAAAAACAAAAGGUCUGUGAAGACUUCUCGCCAUGACUCUGAAGAUGAGAAGCUACACAGCAAGGUUGAUAACCGCAAAAGGCAUGAUUCGGAUUCGGAUGGCUAUGCUCACAAGAGGAAAGUACACCUUGAUGCAGCGGUUGUUAGGAAGGACCAUUCACAUGAAAAAUCUAAGAGCGACCUGAAGAGUGAUGAAUAUAAAAACAAAAGGUCUGUGAAGACUUCUCGCCAUGACUCUGAAGAUGAGAAGCUACACAGCAAGGUCCUUCCGAAGGACAAGUACACUGACGAAUACCAGAGGCCUGUGAAGACUUCUCGCCAUGGAUCUGAAGAUAAGAAGUCACAAAGCAAGGUCAUUCGGAAGGACAAGUACACUGACGAAUCAGAGACUGACUCAGGGAUGCAUGAAAAGAAGAAAGCUGCAAAGUCCUCUCAUCAUGUUUCUAAAGUUGACAAACCAGCACCAAAACUUAAAGAGAAGGAUGAUGACACUGGUAAAAAUGUUGCUAAGCGUGUGAGGCAUGAUUCUGAUUCUGAUUCUGAUGAAUGGAAAGGACGGCUUGACACAAAGGUUAAAAAGAUCGUGGAAGAAAAAAGAAGGGUGAUGAGCUCAAGUGAUAGUUCAUUUUACAGCGGCAGCAGCAGUGGUAGCAGCAGCAGUGAAUCAGAUGCGAGUGCUGAAAGCCGGGAGAAUAGGAAAUCUGGGAGAGGAUUGAAGAAUAGUGAAGAUAAGAACUAUGCUAAAAGAGCUUCUUACAAGAAUGAGUCAGAUGAAAGGAAAAUCAGUCAAGAUGGGAGAAGAAAGGAUCUCAACGAUCAAAGGCAUAAGGAGGAAGAGAGAAUGGAGAGAGAGAAACAAAAACAGAGGGAGGAACAGAGGAAGGAGUUGGCGAAGCAAAAACACCUGGAGGAAGGGAGAAAGGAGUUGGAGAAGCAAAAACGCGAGGAAGAAGAGAGGAAGGAGCUGGAGAAGCAAAAACAGAGGGAGAGGGAGGAAGAGAGACCGAAAGAGAGAGAACAUGAGAGGAGGAAAGGUGAACAUGGUAUGGAAAGGGACUACAAAAGAGAAGUUGGAGAAGACAGAUAUGACCCAAGUGCAAAUAGAGACAGUGAUGAUGAGUACAGGGGCCGGAGGCCGCGUGAAGACUAUGGUCGACACAGAACUGAUAGCCGUGAUCCGAAGAGGUCUAGAUAUGACGACUCUUAUAAGCACUCAAGACCGGAGUAUGAAGAUCGCUAUUCUAGAGAUGAGUACAGAGACAGGAGGCAUCGUUGAAUGCAGAGCUUAUCUUAUAUCCAUCUCAUCUCAAUUAUGGUGAAGCAAAGGGCAGCGCUGGUAUAUCUUCUUGAGCAAGGACGGUUACACUGGGUUACAUUGAAGUUUCAGACGUUGAGCCUAGCACAAGAUUUUGGCCGUGAUAGUUAAUUUUGGUCAUCCAUCAAUGAGCUUUUGCUGCAGCAGUGAAGUUUUGUUUUCUCAAGUUUGUAUGAACUUUGUUCCUUUUCUGUUCCGUCAAAGCUUGAGUUGUAAUUUGGAGGUUGUAUACUACACCAGUUGGAUCAUAAUGCUUCAGCAACCUAUGCGGGAUAUGUAUUAACCUA